GCAACUACAUGCAUGUAAUAUAUGAGUUGGGCUGUGCUAUUUGGCUCCGGUGUUUGACCGUUUUUGGUUAUAGGGCUGGAGCGCGUGUGUCAAUCGUUUGUUUGCACAUAGUUUUUAUAAUAAAUAGUUUAAAAUGUCAGAAAUCUCGAUGACAGAAGCGCCGCAUCUGCAAAAAAUAGAUUUAACUACUUUAAAUCUUCAACAACUCACAGUAUUGAAGCAACAAUUGGAUCAAGAACUCGGUGUUUUCCAAGAUUCGUUGCAAACGUUAAAAAUUGCUCAAAGUAAAUUUCAAGAAUCAGGAUCAUGCCUCGAGAAGAUUUCUCCGUCCAUGGAGGGUAAUGAAAUUCUUGUACCACUAACUGGAUCCAUGUAUGUGGUUGGAAAACUGGUAGAUACUAAUAAUGUUCUAAUUGAUAUUGGAACUGGUUAUUAUGCUCAGAAGAAGGUACCAGAUGCAAAAGACUACUUCGAUAGGAGAGUAGCUUAUGUUACCGAGCAAAUGGAAAAAAUUCAGCAACUGGGUCUUGAGAAAAGUAAAAUUAGAGACGCGACAGUGGAUGUAAUAGAAAUGAAACUUCAAAAUCAAAUGCCGAAGGAAGAUUGAGAACGCUUAUAAAACAUCAACUUUUUUAAAUUAUGCGUUUUUACCUAAUCUGUUCUGUACUUUUAUUGGUAAUGUGAUUAAAUUACAUUGUUCUGUACUUUUGUUAAGCUAUGAUAAUAAUUACUUGACAUUUCAAAGGAACAUUAAAUUUUAUAGUGAUAAGAUAUUUUAGCUA